AUGGCCCCGAAGAAGAAUGCCACACCGGCUACGGCCCUCCCGCAGGAGGAGGAGCUGGUAGAGCUGCCGGAAGGUUCUCCGGAUCUGCCGGAUCCACCCUUUACCUUCGUCAUCGCGCACCUCUUCAGCCACAUCUUCUCGCUCGAGAUCCCGGCAGCCGAUGGAGAGGAUCCAGAGUUGAAAGAUUUCGAUCCCGUCGACGCGUUCGCCAGGUAUAAAGCUGAGCCUGGUGAGCUGCCGGGUCCCAUUAGCCUGGCCACGCGCGAGGAUCUAGAGCCUCUUGCAGAGGGCGGGACCUUGGCCGCGGGGCUCCGGCGCAAGGUCGAGGCUGAAGCCGCAUGCCUCCGCCGCAAGAAGGUGAAUGCUGCCAGGCGCCUCGCGUUGCCCGGAGAGAAAACGGAAGCAGAUGUGGAGGCGGAGCAGGAGAGGUCCAAGUCGAUGAGCAUCGUCUCCUCCCCGAAUGCGCCGGAUCUGACGAUCCUAGUGACAGGUUAUCCCUCCACGGCUGAGGAGCUGGAGGAAUUAGCAUCGGAGGGACUGCUCACCAUGGCUGACGCCUGGAUCUCCGUCCAUCUGGCAGGAGAGAGUAAGGCAGACGAGCCGGAUGAGACUGGCGGCACCUGGCGAAUCACGCGGACGAAGGGGGCUCCGGAAAUUCUGCAGGAGCUACGGAACCGCAUCCUCGGCGCCGAGGAUGACAGCCCCUUCUUAUCUGCCGCUGUCACAGAAGUUCCGAACUGCCACCUGUGGGCGCAACCCAUCGAGCAGGCCAAGGGUUCUGAAAGAGCUUUGUAA